CUGUCAGCAACCUGAUCAUGAUCAUUCCUCCCAUCUGCGGGGCCAUCCAGACGUAUCGUGACGGCCUCGAGUUCCGCUACAUCUGCUCCUUCCUGGGACUCGCAGCUGUCGGUGUUGGUUCCUGGUGCUUCCACAUGACUCUGCUGUAUGAGAUGCAGCUACUGGACGAGUUGCCAAUGAUUUACAGCACAUGUGUCUUUGUCUACUGUCUAUAUGAGUGCUUCAAAGAAAAAAACACCAUUAGUUUAUUUACUAUAGCAUUAUUACUAAUCUUCAGCGUGUCAGUGACUCUGGUUUACCUACAGUGGAAGGAGCCAGUGUUCCACCAGGUCAUGUAUGGAGCUCUAGUAGCUUGUCUAGUGUUGCGCUCCAUCUUCAUUGUAACAUGGGUGUACCCCUGGCUCAGACCGCUGUGUUACACCUCCUUGGGUAUCUUCUUGUUAGGAUUCCUACUGUGGAACAUUGACAAUAUCUUCUGUGACUCAUUAAGAGCCAGCAGAAAAACGCUGCCCUCUGGUGUUGGAGUAGUAACACAGUUCCAUGCCUGGUGGCACAUCUUCACAGGCCUGGGAUCCUACCUGCACAUACUUCUCAGCCUGCAGUUCAGGUCAACCUACCUCCAGUACAGACCAAAAGUAAUGUUCCUGUGUGGAGUUUGGCCCACGUUGCAAAUUGAGCCACAGAAGAUGAGCUGAGUUGAAGGGACGGGCAGCAGCUUGAGGAUGGUGACUGCCAUAAUCCACACACCAUCGGCACAGGGACCUGCCAGUGCCCGCUGCUGGGAGCUCAGCCACCAGGCAGGGGGCAGGUGGACCCUCAGACACCACCCCAGGGAGCCUUCGGUUCUGCGCUGUGGGAAUUUACUAAGUACAGUAUAGCACUGAUUCCAGUUUUAAGAAGUGGAAGAUUUUCCUCAUCAAUCAUAACGUGUUAGACUAGAUCUUUAUUGUAAUUUCAUGUCAUUUUCAAUGCAGACAUGAUUUGUAGUCCACUGCACUGGUAACUGUUGAAUGGUUUAUAGUUGUUAGUUUGAUUAGAGUUUGGGAAAAUAAUUCACAUUAGCUUAUUAAUCAUGGUAUGUUCGAUUCCGUGAAUGUUUGAAUCCCCAUUAUCCUAAUUAUAUUCAAAUAGAUCCCUCAGCUAAAGGUUAACUAAGACUAUUGCCUAUGUGUAGUUUUAAAAGUAGUUGAAGGAGCUGUAUCAACAACUCAAUGUAUUCAUAUCCCUUUUCAUGGAGUAUCAUAUUGUGUUUGUUUGUGCUCACUACAUGUGCGGUGACACUAACUUCCUUCAGGAGCAGCUCCGCAGCAGUCCGAGUUUGUGAUUCCAAGUGUUUUAUCAUUCAGGCUUCAUUUUUUACUCAACAUUUUCAUAUUAAGACUGGAAAUCUGUAUUUUGCUGUUGUUGCCAAAGUCGCUCUGGGAUUAAAAACAUUCAUGUAAUCUUACCUCAUUCAAAACAAACUAGAAAUGCAGCGCUUACAUAUAGUUUUGUUACGAUACGUCAUUGCACUGACUUUUCAUUUUUGUUCAGGACUGGGGUAAACUUGGUUCAGCUAAAUGGAGCUGAAUACAUUUUAACAAAGUUAUAUUACACCUAUAUUACAUCUACGUCCUUUAUGUAGUUGUUUAAGUUCACACAAGUUCGUGGUCUCUGAAGGACCAAGGCCUGAGAGACACUUUUCAAACUCACAGGGAUUUUGUGUUGAGUUUUGUGUUGGGUUAUUGUAUCAGAAUAACAAUCAGCUUCCACUGUGAAUGUGUUAGAUGUAGAAACCACUUUGUUGGGAUCAGACCAGUGUAUUGAGUGUGAUCAAACAUCAGUGGAAAUGCUCCAUCAGUGUGUCUGCAGUCUAACUCAAGCCAAACCACUGGUCAGAUUAUUACAGCUGAUGAGUUCGGCUCACAUGGACGGCAGUAUGAGUGAAGAUGAUGAUAGUUGAAACCCAGCUAACGAAACCAGCUACAAAGAUGAACUGUUCAUGAAGCUUUUUUUAAAUUAUUAUAAUAGUUGAUAUUCAAGGGACCAAGUGCAUGAAUGGAACAUAUCUGAAUGAUUGCAUCUUAUUGAGCUGCAGAGAAUGGAUCACUAGACACAGCCAGUUCUGGGAAGCUUUUUCUCUCGUGCUUCCUUUGUAUCUGUCACAACAGUGAACAGUAUUGUGUCCCGAUCUUAUUAUUAUUUGAUUUACAGAUCUACAGACCUACAGAUUCAAAACUCUAACAUCUCCCCAAAACACUGCAAGACUUUAUUUAUUUCUUCUUUUCUUCAAUGAAUGUGGCUUCAAGAUGGAGUGAAAUGCACAUGCACACCUUGCAGAGGUGUUGAACAGACUCUGAUACAGCUCCGAGGUGGCAGAAAUAUCCAGCUUAUUUCAGACAUUGCCAAGCACAUAAAUAACCUGUAGCUACUGAGAAAAAUGCUAAUGAUCUGAGGACUGAGUUUUCUUGUGCUGGAUCUUUUGUGUUAAGCGAAGGGCUUUUUAUUUACUAUUUUUUUUGGUACUGUGAAUUUGUGGACAUGUGGUAACAAUAGAACCUGAGGUAACUGGUGAACUGGAAGAUGCACAAUAUGAUCGCUGUAAGAAGACACUUGUAUUUGCGUUGUAUUAUCUCGUCCUUUGAUUUUCAUUAUUCAUACAUACAUACCGUGUCACCAACCCGUAUAUAUGCCUGAGUGUAACAGCUGCUUAGAGCCAGUGUUACUAGCAUUGAAAAGCACAGAAGUACAAUAUAUGGAAGAGAAGUAUUAACGUCUCUGUGUGAGUUAUCACAGCUCAUCAGCUGUCAAAGAGGGUGCCUUAUUGUUAUCCUGGCAGUGUAAUCCAAGUUGCCUUGUUGUCCUUUGUGUUGUGUGAUGUGUCCUUCCCCCUGGUUAUUAACAGUGAAAGCAUCAGGAGGUCGAACAACAACAGCUUCUAAUGCAAAGUGUGUGCCUGAGUCUUUGGCCUUCCAUUCAUUUCAUGUGUCCAACAGCUUAGUUACAGGUCGUUCUACUGAUGUUAACUGUGUUGAAAUACUUAUUAUACUUAUGUGUUGAGGCCAGAAGAGCAAUUUUAUUUGAGCUGAACUUUGAUGAAUCCCUGUAUUGUCAAAUAAAAGAAAAUGUU